GGGUCUAUGCUCGAUCCCGUGGACCCCGUGGCCGACAUGAAGCGUCAGGCGCGACAGCGAGCGGCCUUGCUCGGCGCUGGCGACGCUUUGGAGGAGGAGGCGACAGUCUGGGUGAUCGGUGACCCGCGGGACGCGAGGUUCGGCGAGGUGCUCGACGAACAGGCCAUCGAGAAUCCGAAUAGGAGCGUGCAUAUGCGUUCGGUGGGCGUGAUCUCCCUCGACGGAAUGGAGCGCCUGAUCGCGAAGAUCAACCGCGAGGAGCGUGACGAUUGGAUGCGAGACCAGCGUGAGCGAGGUGCCGACAUCCGAACCAUCGGGGAGCAUCGCUCGAGGCUCGGGCGUCGUGACGUGGAUUUCAGAGACGCCGUCGAGAUGAUGGAGCAGGUGGAGCUGGCUGACGCCCCAGACCUCGGCCCCCGCGCGAUGGGGGAGUUCCUUUCGUCGGUCGCUACGGGCAGUGGCAAACUUGUGAGCUACCAGGCCGAGUGGGAACGGCUCAGCGGGGUCUUUGCAGGGGGCGCCCAGAAUCGCGAGCACCGCGUCCGCAGGGCCAUCUGCCUGGACCAGCUCAACGUGAAUAACCUCCACUGCGUGGAGGCGGCGGUGCGCCGCAUCAUCCAGAUAGAGAUGGCCGCGCAGAGGAACCCGCGGCACCCUGACUUCUCGGGGCUGGAGGGCGUCGUCGCAGGACCGACUGCGGCGAGCGGGUCAGCCUCGGUGCCGAAGCAUCAGGAACGCGCGGUUGCCCGCCAGCAGGAUCGCGGCAACAUCCCGAAGCAGAUGCGGCUGCGCAAGGCCGAGCUUGAUCGAGAUCGGCCGACUGCUGAUCGCGACGAGCGACAGAAGGGUGACAAGGAGAAGAAGGCCCAUCGGGAGAAGAAGGGCGGCAAGAGCCCGCGGACGGCGGGCGCCGUUCCGGCGAAGCUAGAGGCGGUGCCGAGCGCAGCUGGUGGCCUCAAGGAGGCCAGCUGGGGCCCCGCGCUCCACCGCGCGACCGUGGAGAGUCAGAGCUGA